CAUAGGAAGCGGGGAAAACAACACCAGCGACGCAACCCAGAAGCCAGAGCACGGUGACAGGCCAGACAGACGGAGAAAAUCACCGCUUCAUACGAAUAUCUGCAGGGUGGACGGGCCUUUGCUGCAACCAGCCCAUGCGGUCUGCUCGUACCCACGCAGGAUCCCCGGGCCCCUCUCUUCCCCCUCUCACCAAGUGUGGCAAAGAGAGAGGGGAAAGUCUAUUGAUUGCUGUUGGUGGGGGAGGGGCAAGUCAUGAUUCAACCCUAGCCGGCAAUGCAAGAUACAGGUUGAAGGAUCGGCAAAGCGAGAACGGGACAGACAAUUCCAUCGUAUUCUCUUCUGUCUAUGUUUCACUCCUUUACUUUCCCCUCUUUCUCUUCGCGUCAUCCUGCCUGCGUUUUUCCUUUCUUUUUCCUUUGACUUUCUUUGGUGUCCACCGGACGAGGUGCACGGAAUCCUACACAACAUUAUGCGCGGUUAAUACUUUUCUGCGGAACUCGACUUGUGCGGUAUUUCCCACAAAACCAGCAAGCCUGUACUCUCCAAACGAUGAUGCAGAUAUACUGAGCCGAUGCCUUCUCGGUCGGCUUUUUGCAGCCUUGAUGACGAACCUUGCUCCUGCUAUGGUUGGCCCACGCAGGUGCUGUUCAUCAGCAUCUCAAAAGUUCAUCAGGUGAUGGCCUUAAGAUAUACGUUGCCAGCCUUUCUAUUGUGUUAUGCUACCUCCGGGCUCUUACACAGCAGAAGAACCCUACCAGGUCCUAGCAUUGAAAUGCCCAUAGAUACGGAAGGGGUGUGGGCUUAGAGGUGACGCCCCUGUUCCUUCAUUAGACAUGCUGCACCACUG